AUGUUUUCGUUCAGUCGAAAGAAAGAUAAAGAUCACGGUGUAGUCAAAAAGGAAAAAAAGGACAAGAGUUCGAAAAGGGACAAACGGCCUCGAUCCUUAGAUCAACCUGCACUGACUGUCGAGGAAUUAGGUAGGUUGGAGGAGGUCGGACUGAAGAGGGGAUUAGUGUUCCCGACGAGGAAAAAGAAAGCAGAGAUAACUUCAAAAUCAACCUCAGAUACGUCUAGCGUUAGUAGUUUGCCUUUAACGAGUGACAGUAGCACUCUUGGUGCAUACAGUAGUAGUGAACAAAGUCUGAAUUCUACGCCGUCAGAGAACACCAGUAAAGCUAGCACCCCUUCCCCAGAGAUCCGAAACGGUGUGAAAAGUUCAUCCAUUGCAAGGGUAAAACCAAGACCAGCUCCGAAGCCACGCGGGAUAUUGAAAGGAAAAUCCAGUUACCCAGCCCCUCCUUAUGUGACAAUCGCAGACAAGGAUAAGUUAGACGACACCACUGUGUUGGUUGAAAAUACGCUGUUUAAUCAAGAUGUUCCAGGGAGAACUGGUGAAACUAACAUUCCACAUCCAAUUCCGGAAACUGUACCCAUUGCAGAGAUAUUCAAUGAAAAGUCCUUCGAUGUGGAUCUACAAUUGCCGGCAGUUGCACCACCGAAACCUCCUCGCUCUCGUGAGGUUAUCCUUCAGCGACAGCCAGCUGGUGACUAUGGUUUUUCGCUGCGGCGUUCACUGCUGGUUGAACGAUACGCAGCUGGAAACAAAGAAGUGAAGCGUUAUGUCCACUUUGCAGAGCCUGGCGCCAAUAAGGAGAACGUCACCGGCCUUCUACCCGGUGACCGCUUAGUAGAGGUGAAUGGCACCAAUGUCGAAAACGUGCAGCGUGAUCAAAUUGUUGACAUGAUUCGUAAAUCAGGACAGUCUGUGACCUUAAAAGUCCAACCAAUUCCUGAAUUGAGUGAAUUGAGCAUACGCUCUGGAUUAGAUGGCAGGGACUUUCACCUUGACAAUGAACAAGUACACGCUGGUAGUCUUCAGCGAAGUGGUAGUAAGCGGUACAUCAAAAACCUGGCGAAGACCGAAGAUCAGCUUGCCACGGAGCAUGACUGGUUGAAAGCCGAGAAAGUCUGGCUGGUGCACAAGGGAGGCUUUGCUGGAGCUAAGCUGUUGAACAAUGGUGAGGAAGACGAGGGAAAAGUUCAGGUGAAAUUGGAACAUGGAGGAGAGGUGCUUGCUGUGGAUGAGGAAGAUGUGGAAAAGGCCAACCCGCCCCAAUUUGACAGAGCUGAAGACAUUGCCACCCUACGCAACCUGAAUGAAUCGGGUGUGGCACACAUUGCGUCAAAGAUACGGUAGUAACCUAAUACACACCUAUGCUGGAUCUAGUUUAUUGGUUAUUAAUCCGAUGACUCCCUUAGCCAUAUACACAGAAAAGGUAAUGCAGAUGUUCAAAGGAUGUAAGCAAGAGGAUAUGCCGCCUCACGUCUACGCCAUAGCACAGACAGCAUACAGACAGAUGUUGUCAUCCAGAAUGGACCGUUCCAUUGUUUUGAUGGGUAGGAGCGGCAGCGGCAAAACCAUGAAUGUCAGACAUGUUCUGAACUACCUGGUGAACAUUGCUGGCACAGUCAACAACAAAGUGACCGCUGACAAAAUAAAUGCAGUUCAUGUGUUGAUGCAGGCGUUUGGGAGCAGUAAGACAAUUCAGAGUCAGCAUUCUACAAGGUGUACGCAGUUGUUUUCAUUGGACUUUGACCACGCGGGACAAAUAGCGGCAGCAUCCCUUCAGGUGCUAUUACUAGACAGAAUGAGAGUUGUACGAAGAG